AUGUCUACCAUCAUGAUGGUUGAGUCCGUCUUCUUUGGAAGCAGCAGGAAGGCAAAGGAUAAUAAGCUUAUUACCACACCUGAGGUGAGUGAGAAUCAAGCUCAUCAGGACAACUGCAUGGUGAUUGCGCUCCAAAAAGAAAUACAGGAACGAUUGGAAAAUGAAGUCGAGGCCAAGGUGAUCUGCCUUCCCAUAUGCGAAGAGCCGCGUUCCACACGCUGGAUGUUUGAAGGUAAGGGAGAUUCUCUUUUUGUCAACGACUCCAUCUCUGUUCAUCACUUCACCAACGCAAAGGGGGAGAUCACUCGGCGUGUUGUCAUUCUCUAUCCCAUGACAUUCAAUCGCCGUGGUGAGCUGCCCAAGUUCCAGUUCCUCAACAAGCUCGACAGAAAGCUGAGAGAGCAAAAGGACAAUGCCUUGGAGCUCGUGGACCUCCGCGACUUCGAAAAGCAGGACAAGAUCCUGGAGGGACUUGGCGCACUAAACUUCUCUUACAAUGGUGAGUUUGUGUACAUGGCGCUCUCUGGUCGCAGCAAUGUUGAGGUCCUCGACGUUGUUUGCAGUCGCGAUAACCUCAACAUUCCAGAGAACAAGCGGUUUGUCUUCACCGCCGUUCUGCCCCGGCAUCCCAAAGAGGAUGAGAUGGAAGCUGGCGAGGACGUUUUGUGCCACACCAGUCUUGCUGGCUGGUGCGGCAAAGGCAUCUGCGCAUGGGGCUUUUCGUGCCUGCGCUUCGCCACAGAGGAGGAGCAGGAGGCCUUCUACCACCACUUGGAAGUGACGUACAAGAAGAUCAUCAACCUCAGUGAGAAAGAAAUUCGUGCCUUUGCAGGUAAUGCGUAUGAGCUCGCGAUGCGUAAGGGUGGCGAGGAACGCCGUGUACUUUGUAUCUCGGAAUCCGCCUUUAAGUCUCUCAGUUAUCGCAAUGCGAAUGCCUUCGAGGAAUGGUACGGGCGCGAGAACAUCUUCAUUUUCUACGCGGAUGUCCUUGAACGUCGCACGGGCAAGUCGAUUCGGUCUCUCAUUUCAGUGCCUGUCACGCACGGCAAGGUUCUUCCAAUCUCCAGUGAAAAGAGCGCAAUGGAGUUGGCGCGUGUCGAUGAGAAGGAUGCCCCAUCUGCUCUGUUGCGCCGUUGA